AGAAGGGUACGCAACUGUCUAAAAAUGUGAAGCGAUAUCAACAGUAAUGCAUGUCUUGUGAUCUUGACAGUGUUUUGGUUUUAGGUUGCGGUAGAGAAUGAAUUACUGAUAUUUCUAGUCGGUAGUAUUUACUAAAUAAUGGCUUCCGACAGUGAAACAGAACCUUUGCUGCGGUCUGUAAAUUCUUUAAGUUACAGUAGCAGUGAUUAUAUCACAGCUCGAAAUACGAACUCUUCCCGAGUCUCUUCUAUACCUUCCAACAGCCGUUGGCAUUUCGUGCCUGGAGUUAUUAUACUAAUUUUAGUAUUAUUAGAAAGGAUUGCUUAUUAUUCAUUGACCGGGAAUCUGUACCUUUUUUUAAAUAAAAAUGAUUUUUGUUGGGAGUCCAAUAAUGCCAUUAGUGCACUACUUAUUUUUACUGGAAUAUCAUACUUAUCCUGUUUGUUUGGGGGCUGGUUAUCCGAUGCAUAUUUGGGACGCUUUAGAACAAUAGGGCCUGCAUUUGUUUUGUUCACUGCUGCAUAUUGGUUUCUUCCAUAUUUAUCAGAACUUUGCAGUAUGUCUGACAAUUGUUUUUCACCGAUUAUUAAUUCUACAAAUGACGGCGGUUUGGAUAUUCCGUUGUAUGAGGAAAAUUGUAGUUGGUUAAUAAUGUGCGUCUUAAUUGCAGCUGCGAUAGGAACAGGAACUGUUAAAGCAAAUAUUACACCAUUUGGAGCUGAGCAAGUCCGUUAUAGUGGAACGAAUGGACUACGAAUCUACCUCAAUUGGCUUUACUGGUGUGUAAAUAUUGGAGCUCUGAUUGCAAUACUUGGAAUUACAUACAUUCAGCAAGACUUCAAAUCAAGAGAUCUGAUGUAUAAAGGUUUCAAAUAUGGUUAUAUUAUUCCUGCUGCAUUACUUUGUUGUGCUACUUUUUUGUUCUGGUUUACUUUCCCCUUUUAUACCCACCAGUCAGCAAGUGGCAGUUCUAUAUCUCGAAUUUUUUCCGUUUUGAAGGAUGCUUGGAAAAUAAAUCGAGCAAAUAAAGGAGUAAGAAAGCGUUUGAAUGAAAGUUCUAGUUUAGCUGCUAUUAACAAACCAUCAUGGUUAGAUAUGGCAAAAGUUAGAUUUGGUGGUAAAUUCCAUGAAUCUGCUGUGGAAGAUGUGAAAUCCCUUUCUACUAUCAUAAUAGUCUUUAUUUCUUUAAUUCCUUACUGGAUGCUGUAUUUUCAGAUGCAGUCUACAUUUCUUGCUCAAGGUCUCCAGAUGCGUUUGAGUUUUCAAUCAGCAAAUUCAACUAGUAGUGAUGAUCAAAAAUUUUCU